AUGUCGAAUAUAUUUCAAGACAUUUCAAAUCGUGGUAUUCUUCCACUUACUAAAGAAUAUAAGCAGUGGCUCAAUGAAUCAUGUGAUACAAUAGGAAAAAUUUUACCAUUUCAAGGAAUAAAAUAUUGUCAACAAAACGAUUCGUGUCAAUGUAAGACAUGCAAGAAAGAUCGAAUACUUGAAUGGCCUUACGAACGUUCCUUAUCGGCUAAUCUUUUAUACUUAACCGGAAUUAAAUUGGAUGAUAUUAAUUAUCUCGAAGUAACAACAUUUGAAGAAACUCUCAUCUCUAAAUAUCUCAGAAACAUUACAGAAUUUUGGAAAUAUGUUACAGAAGUAUGCUUAUUAGGUGGUGACUACGGUACCGAAACAUUGGCAGCAUUUAAUAAUGGAAAAUUUGAUAAAAAAGUUAUUAAUCAACGCUAUCAAAAUAUUAUAAGAACUUCAAAUUUUAUUACGAUUAAAACUUCUACUAAUAAUCAACAAGAAUCAAACAUCAUGAAUAAGACUUUAAAUGAAAAUGAAUCAGGUCAAAAAAGAAACAAUCUUAAAAAAAAAUCUCGAAAAUUUUUUCAACGUACAAAAUUUUUUGGUAAUCAUCUUUAUCAAUCAAGAUUCAAUAAGGCCACAAAUGAUACUCAUACAUUUUCAACAUGGGAAUCAUUUAUAUUCAAGAAAAGUGAUAUGCAAUCACAUAUUCGAUCAAAUGUAGAUCCAACUUUGUAUUUAUAUGAUUAUUUGCUUGUGUCUAAUGAUAUUUUUAAAGAAAAAUUCUUACAAUCACUAAUGGAUGAAUAUGAACGACAACGUUGGAAUCAAUUAUUUAUUAAUGAAGAAAUUUUAACAUUUACUCGAAACUUAACUCAAUAUAAAAAUAAAUUAAGUUACUUAAAUUUACAAUAUGAACAAUGGACCUAUUAUCAUCAACUUGGAAUAAAAGAAAGAAUUUGGAAUGGUCGUGUUUCAAAGAAAAUGGCUAUGGUCAACUCAAUGUGUGUAAGUUAUGGUCGUUCGAAAGCAUUAAUUCGACAGCGCCAAAAUUAUUAUCAAAAUGAAAUCAUCCAAUGUAAGCAACAAAUUGAAGAUUAUGAAAAACAAAUGCCAAUAUCAGUUGAUUUGAAAAAAAUGACAACUCUUAUUUUGCACUUUAUUAAAAAAGAACAAUAUCCAUUAUGUCUCGCCUUGGAACAACAGCGGCAUAUGUUAAAAUUUGAUGCUGAAGAUCACCGAUCAGUAGAAAAAUUCUAUCAACUAAAUCCAAGAAAAACUGACAUCGCUUCAGCAAAAACAAUAUGGAAGGCUACGGAUUAUGUGCAAUUAUUACAACAUGAACUUAGUCUUUUCAAGAAAUGGAUAUCACUUCCAGCAGCAUCAAGGACAAUGCCUCAUCUUAUGGAAUUAGGCCUCACUAAAGUGAAUGAAUUUUUUACAUUAACUCUUACCAACAAAGUACUAUUGAACGUAAUAUCAACAAAAAAUAACGAAGAAAAUCCAUCGAAACAAAUGGUAUGUGAAACAAUAGACGAAGCUGUUAUUAUAAUUGAAAAAACUAUUAAAACAUUUACUCAAAUUGCAAUUGACGAAAAAACGAAACUUAUCAUACAAAACGCUAAAUUCGACAGAUUACCAACAGUCCAAAAUGUGAUCGAUGCAAUUGAUAAUCGCCAACAAAAUAUGAUUCAACGUGCUCAAUAUCAUAUGGAACAAACAAUAAUGAUAAAAUUUCCAGAAAACUUAUGA